AUGUCAAAACCUGACGAUGCCCGUAUGGGCAAGAUUCUGGCGUCGUCAGCCACAGGAACAAGCUUUUUGAUCUUGAUUCAAUUAGCGUCCAGGAUCUUUACCUUUGCCUCGAACCAAUUAAUUUUGCGCACCCUUUCACCGGUCGUGCUGGGAAUAGCAGCACAACUGGAGCUCUUCCAGGUUUCAAUCCUGUAUUUCUCGAGGGAAAGUAUUCGGAUGGCCAUCCAAAGGCAGCCUAUUCCAUCUCCGCCUGACGACAAAAAGCCUUCCCUUGAAGCAGAUGCUGUAGCACCGGAUUCGCACUCUGUGGCAUCUCAAGCAGUGGUGAACGUGUCCUACUUGAGCCUCGCCCUUGGGAUUCCUUCCAGUCUUUUGUUCACUAUGCUUUACCAGCGCUUUGUCCCAGAGGAAGCAUCAAAGACUGCCUUCUUCUACCACAGUGUGAUCUUGACCGGGGCUGCUUCUCUCAUGGAACUCAGUAUCGAGCCCUUUUUCUCGGUGGUGCAGCAACAUAUGCUCUAUGAAAAACGCGCUGCUGUUGAAAUGCCAGCGGCAUUUCUGAGAAGUGCAGUAACAUCCUUUGCAUUUAUAUAUGCUUCUCAAGUCAACUAUGACCUUGGUGUGCUACCAUUUGCUCUUGGUCACCUCAGUUACUCGCUGGCCCUCAUUUGUGGCUACUCACUAGCCCUACUCAGAGGAACCAACUCAACCCGGUUCUCUUUCCUAUUGACACGUAUACAAUCCAGGGACCCCUCUAACUACUUUCUGGGACGGUUCUCACGGCAGUUAACGACGCUUGCUGCGAAUGUCUUUUUCCAAUCUCUAGUGAAGCAUUUGCUCACGCAGGGUGAUACUAUGAUGCUCGCAGCCCUUUCAGGACUAGAAGAUCAGGGCAUAUAUUCCCUUGCGUCAAACUACGGUGGGCUCAUUGCACGGAUCAUCUUCCAGCCGUUGGAGGAGAGCAGCCGGAACUUAUUCUCAGCCCUACUGAGCCCCGAUGAGGAUGGGAAGCUGAAGAAUAUCCAUAUCCGCACUACCAGAGAUCACCUAGUAGAUAUUCUACGCGCUGAUGGUCCCUCAAUUGUUGCAUAUCUUGGGAGGCCGUCAAUGGGCUUCCCCCAAGUCGGGGACCUGCUCUCCGUCUAUUGCUACUACAUUCCAUUUUUGGCAUUUAAUGGGAUCACCGAAGCGUUCGUGUCAUCUGCAGCAAAUUCGGAACAGAUAAGGAAGCAAACGGCGUGGAUGGGUGUCUUUUCCGCCUGUUAUGCCCUGGCAGCCUAUAUGUUCCUAGAAGUAGGGAACUUGGGUGCGUAUGGAUUGGUCCUGGCCAACAUUGUGAACAUGGUGGUUCGAACCCUUUGGAGUUACAGUUUUAUCAAAUCGUACCUCCAUCGAAAUGGAUGUGGCCUGUACACGAGUGAAGUGGCCAUUCGACCUGCUAGCUUCAUUCUAUGUGCUCUGGCGAGCUUGUUCUUGGGCCGCGGAUUUGGCCUGAAAUUGGGAAUGAUCAAAGCAUGCGCCUUCAGUGGCAGCUAUGCUCUCCUUAUGUGA